CAGUGGCCGGUGUUUCCCGACACGAGUCGAGUGGCUCCGAGAGCGACCAGAGCCCGACAUAUUCUGAUCCGCUUCCAAAUGUUGAGCCCGAGUCGUGAAGUGCUGCUCUUGAGGGGGGCGAGGUUGAAAGGGAGAGAGACGGCGAGGGAGAAAACAGGCAACAUUCUCGUAGAUUUUCACUUUUGAAAAGCAUCCCGGCAUCUUCCCACAGCGGCGCAUCUCCGGCCGGUCGGGUGAAGACAAAAGAAUCGAACAUGACGAUGAGAGUCCAUGUGAUUGUACUUGGCUUUCUCAUCUCUGCAGCCAUUUCUGCCCCAGUGAAAGUUGAUGAGGAAACCGAGACACGUUUCCAUGGGGAGGAUUUCUACAUCCAAUUGUCCUCGAAUGUGGUGGAGGUCACAUUUAGGAACAGGUCCGACCCUCGGACACCUCUGACCUUGAUGAGGGAUGGCAAAGUGGUCAGCAGUCGGGCCAAACUGAACCAACACUUGGACUACCUCAUUAUAGAUUCUGUUGGUGAGGGAGAUGAAGGGGUGUACGCUCUGAAGACUCCAGGUGGUCUCAAGUCGAUAUCGCUGAUAGUCCGAGACUGCACAAUUGAGCAGCACAUCAAAUAUGGAGACAACUUCCAUAUUUCACUGCAGGGGGUGAAUCUUCCCAUCACCUUUGAGUACAGGCCCAUUGCAGUGGAGGCCAACCAGACAUCAAGACCAGCUUUUGUGCUGCUCACCGCUGCAGGGUCUUCCACGGAGCCCUACCAGGGUCGUAUCAGCGUCAGUAAGCAUUCUGUUAUCCUCAGUGCUGUGACAGGGGUUGAUGAGGGGAGCUAUACUGUCAGGGAUAACAAAGGAGUUAUCCAAAAGAAAGAGUGUCUAAACGUCAAAGAGCAUCAAAACUUUUUGUCCAUACCAUAUGGGAAAAGACUGAAGAUCAACCUGAUGCUCAACAGCUCUUCGGUGCAGCUUUACUACACCCCUGACUCUGAAUUAACAUCCCAUCUACUGCUGGAUAAGGGAGAAUUUACAAGUGCCCAAACGGAGCUGGGUUUGGAGGAUCGUCUUUCUUUGGAGGGUUCGUUGGUUUUUCUUGACCACGUCAAGGGUUCAGAUGCUGGCCUGUUUAGAAUUACAGACACUCAUGGAUUUACUGUGUCCACCAUCCACCUGAAAGUCCAACCCUACAAAUUGGAGUCACUCUAUGUAGCCAUCAUUGCCCUGUUGGGCCUGCUGGCUUUCCUUCUGCUGGUCUGCCUGCUAUCCUGCCUGAUCAAAGUGAAGAAGAGGGCCAAGAGGGCUGCUGCCCUGGAGAAGUUGGCUCAGAACGCUGGCAAAGAGGAUGAGGGAGAGGCCUUUAGACAGGUGGUAAAGAACAUCACCAAACUCAGUGAGGAAUCCAAGCACUCCCAAGCUGACAACACAGAGAAAUCUCAGAGCACUGAGGUGGAUAUUAAAGGUCUGGAAGUUUCCUCUAAAGAAGUUGGGGUUGGUAACCUAGAGACCAGUGACUCAGGUGUUGGCUUUAACACUGCUCUGCCACUGGACACUGACACUGAUGCCCCUGAUCAAAUCCUUGAUUCUGAAGCUGUCAGCAUCUCUGUCGCUCCUGAAAUUAAACCAAGUCCUCCAUCUGCUGCUGAGUCCAAGCCGAGUGCUCCACCAGCUUUGGAUAUUAAGCCCAGUACAGUAUCUGAAACUAAAGUCAGCCCACUCCCAGAGACCAAGAAAACUCCAGAACAGCCAAAGGAAGUAAAGUUGGAUUUGCCUAAACCAGCAGAUACUAAACUUAGCCCAGUCCCAAGCCCAGAUCCCAAGGCUGUUCUGAGUCCAGCUGAUCUAAAACCUGCAUCCAGUCCAAGCCCAGAGACCAGGCCUGGUUUGAGUCCAGCUGAUCUAAAACCUGCACCCAGUCCAAGUCCAGAGCCCAGGGCUGGUCUGAGUCCAGCUGAUCUAAAACCUGCACCCAGCCCAAGCCCAGAACCCAAGGCUGGUUUGAGUCCAGCUGAUCUUAAACCUGCACUCAGCCCAAGCCCAGAACCCAAGGCUGGUUUGAGUCCAGCUGGUCUAAAGCCUGCACUCAGUCCAAGCCCAGAACCUAAGCCAGUUGUCCCCACAACCACCACUCCAACACCUGAGAGCAAGAGUCUCCUAACCCCCACACCUGAGCCCCCUAAACCAACCACACCAGAACCUAUUACCAACGGCACUCCUGAACCAGGGCCAGAUUCCAAACAAAGCCCAGAUGAUGCAGAUAUUAUCGGAAGUUCCGCUCCAAAAGCAAUCCCCCCUAAAACCCCUGAGGUGGAGCUAAAAUCUAGCAGUAUUGUACCAGAGGCCAGCAAAGAUGACCCUGCGGCCAAAGAUUCCACCACCACCUGAGGGCUGCCCCUGCAAAAGCACGAAGGAAGCCCCACAGAUCUUCUCCAUCACCACCACUGCAGACAAUCGAACACUCCCUAGCAAAUAAUGAAGAAAAACCACAACAGCUGGGACAGAGAUGUCAGUUUAACUUGUCUAAAGCUUGAACCCACGUGAUAAUGGUAUCUCUACACACUAAAACGUCGGAGACUUUCUAAUUUAGAAACACUUAAAAUAAAAAACAUGGCUUUUGAUUGUUAACCAUUUUAGUUGUAUGCAACUUGCAGCCUUGUUCUUUGCAAAUCUCACAGUAAAACUGCCAAACUGCAAAUGAAAUCUUUUGCAGAGUUUACAACUAAAAUGUUAACUCCACUUAAAGAUGUUUUUUUUAACAAUGUCCAGAAAGGUUUACGACAUUUCAUGUAAUUACCAUAACAGAAUUCAAAAUUAGACUUGAACUAACUACUGUUUCCCAUUCAAAACCUCCUUGAGCAUGUGAAAAACCUCACAGAAGAAAUUGACUUUUCAACUGGUGUAAUUUUAACCCUGGUGAAAUUUGUGUAAUGGCAAAAAAUGAAGGAUUUCCAAAUCACAUUCAGUAUUGCUAUUGCUACUUUGUGCACAGCUGAAAUUUAGAUUUAUUUUAAAUGAGCUUUCUGUUUUUCAUUAAAGAGUUUUGCAUAAUUUUAACCUAGCAAAAAAUAGUAUUAGUAAUAACCCCACUAUUAAUAGAAUCUGAUUAAAAUUGAGUUUCAGACUCUCAAAGGAUAUUUCAGUUGAUUAAAAUGUGUUUUGCAGACAGCUUCAGAUCCCUCAAGUCUGGAUCAACAACUUCACAGCCUUUUGAACUGCGUUUCCUUGUGGCUCCAUUAAAAUCCCAGCACUAUUACAGUUUAAUAGGAAGCUCCUGCCUGGAGGGACUUCAGACCUAUGCUUCAGACACUUAAUAAGACCUCCCUGUUCUUGAUAUAUGUUGGGAUCUCCAAGUAUCAAAUACUUAAACUGUUUUACAAGUUUAAAUGGAUAGAUUUUUUUUGCUAGCUUAUGUCUUUGUUUUAAUAUACUUUCCUCUUCUUUUUCUACUAUUUCACCCAUGAUGUUCCUUAUUUUAACUUCAGUUUUUCUUAUCCUUUCUGGUUUCUUUUCAUCUAAAGAAUUUUGUUUUGUCAAUACUGACAAAGACUUUUUUCUUAUGUAACAUUGGGCAUCAGUGUCUAAACUUAGCAUUUUCACUGGCUUUGUUGUAACUCUACAGUAUGAGACCAUUAUCAAUGCCAUCACACAGUCUCUCCAUAGCUGGUUUAAAUGGAGUUAAUGUAUAAAUGUGCAGCUGUUUAAUCUUUAUCCUUGCAUGGUUCAGAGGAGGGGUGCAGAUACAUAUCUAUGUUACAGAAAAAGAUGCAUGUCUCUACCUCAUGUUUCAUGCACUAAAAAAAAAACAAAAAGAAUAAAACACUUUGGAUUUUUGAGAGAAGCACAAAACGACAGCCAUGAAAAUUCAAUCAAAUGAUCCGAAAAUUGUUGAAAGUCAUAAGUAGAUCCUCCAAAACGUGGCUUGAUAUUUCUUAUUAAUAAAUGACAGUGAGAUGUUGUGUCAGAAUCUUAAAAAGCCAUAAAACAUGAUAGGGUAUGUGAAGAUGUCAGAUUUGAUACUUUGACACUACAAUUACAAAAAAACAAAUAAAAAGCAGAUAAAUAUCAAGGUGCUUCAGUGUUAAAUGGACUAACAACAUUUUGGUGUAAAAUGUGUAAAACAUUGUAUAGGUCUCAUUUAAUGCCUGGAUCUGUGAGGGAGUCACUAACCAAUUUGUUCAGUACUGACAAAACUCCAUACAUAUGCAUAUACAUACAUACAUAUAUAUAUAUAUAUAUAUAUAUAUAUAUAUUACAAGAAAACCACAAACACACCUCAAAACUGUAAAUAUUGCAUGUGUAUGCCAGUUUAACCCCUUAAUGGCUGAAUGUUUUUAGUGUAUAAAACAAUUCUUGUAUCAUACUAAAUAAAAAAAAAAACUAAUUCAAAUUUCUCACCAACUUUAAAUUGAACGUCAAUGAUAAAUAAAUACAACACAACACGAUACAAAUACUAUAGCUUAUAUAUACUAAUGCUCACUAAUGUCUUGAACUAAUUUAGCAUCAAAUAUUGUAAAAAAAAAAAAAAGAAAGAAAAAAAAACCUGACAAUAUUAGCUCAUUUUUAUUCAGUUACCUGCUGAUGAUACUCAAAACAUAACAUAUCACUCACAAUAUUCACACAUUGUAUUGAAAUAUUUAGCUGACGUCACUUAAGCAUAAACUGCAGCAUGCCCAAGACAUCUGGACAACAGGCUUUCAUCGUCGAGAAGUCGUAUCCAUGUGUGUGACCAGAGGAGUGAUGUGUUAAGGUUGCUGUCACUGGGUGUCGAGGAUUUGUCUGUGAAGUCUGUGUGCCUACAGUGUGAUGUAUGUAUCCAUGAGUGUGAGUGAUAUAUGGCUGAGUGUGUGCCGAAUCAAUGCGCAGGCAAUUUGUACAGAAUGAAGCGUCUACUAUGUGUGUCCAUGUGUUGUAAGUUGUCCAUGUGCCUGCUUAAAUUGUCUCGCAACGUGGAGAAAUAAGCAAAGUGUUUUAGUCAUGAGUGUGAAUGUGUUGAAAACCACAAAACAAUGUAAGACAUUGAUAUUUAAGCAAGUCUAGUCUUUGUUUUAGUGCCUAAAAUGUAUAUUGGAUAGUUGGCCUGUAUACUGUCAAUAGCCACCUCCUAAUGGCACCUUUGUUUUAUGAAAUAAUAUUUUCACAGGCAUAUAACGCAGUUUGCACACCUGAACAUACACAAAAAUACCACCAACUGACCUAAGAUGUGCUUAUGUGAAGGAGUGUGUACAGAAGUGAUGAAAAAAAGGGAUAUUACUUGAUUAUAAGAAGCAUGCUAACUGUUGAAUGAGUCUUAUUUGUAAGAGAGAGUGUUUUCAUUAAUCAUAUCUAUAGCACAUUCAUUUACAGGAGUAUGUGAGUGAUUUCAUGAUAGCAGCAGAUGAAUUUUAAAGCUUUGUGUGGGUAACCGUCUGGGUUAUGCUGUUGUAAGCAAUUGACGAGAGGCGGCUAAAACACCAUCUCCAUGUACCACCACACUGUCAGGGAUUGUAAUAACAAAACAUCCAGAGAGAAUUAAGACUAAAGAAGCAGAGACUGAGUGGUGGGCAUGACAAGCCUUUUUCUUACACAUUACCAGCAUCACAAGGAAGGCUCAGUGUAACUAGAUUGGAUUUAUUAUAUCUUACAGAGGGAUUCUAGUUCUGUACCCACUUCUGAUCACCCACUAAUAGAAACCGCUACUGUUAACACCAGUGAAACUCCUUGCACUUUAUAAGUUGUCUGUGCCCUCUCUGAUUACUGCUGCUGUUGUGGCCCUGGCUGUGGUGUGACAUCCCACAUGGUUUCUAUGUACUCCCUUUUUUGCACAACACUUCACACAGAUGUUUUGUAAUGACAAAUUUUUUCUCUCUCUUUAUUUCAUGUCUAAAUGAAUACUAA